GUCCAAUGGGCAUUUUCAAAUGGGCAAAACAUUUUAUUGGACAUUAUUUUUUUAAGCCCAAAUUGUACCAAGUCCAAAAUGGAUCAUUCCAAAUGGGUUUUCCGCGGAGUCCAAUUAAAAAUCAGUGUGAACAUACAAAAAUUCAUAUUUAAUAUUUCAUUAGUUUUUGUAGAAUUCAAAAGCAUAUAUACGAUUUUGGUGGGAAACCUCAAUUUACGGUUUUGGCCGAAAAUCUCAAUUUACGGUUUUGGAGGAAAAUCUCGAUUUUACGGUUUUGGCGGAAAAUCUCGAUUUUACGGUUUUGACGGAAAAACUCGAUUUUACGGUUUUGACGGAAAAACUCGAUUUUACGGUUUUGACGGAAAAACUCGAUUUUACGGUUUUGGCGGGAAAUCUCUAUCUGGUUUUGUCCAUUUGGGUAUGGGUAUAUUUGGGCCUCGCCCAUUGACACAAAACAAAAUUACUGUCAAAUAUGGGCAUGUCCAUAUUGAUUUGGACAUGGAUUACCCAUGGACAACACGCCCUUUUGACAUCCCUAUUUAAUGGUAAGCGGUCUACUACACUGUCUUGCAACUUUUGUUUUUAACUAAAUAUUGGUGUUUGUUUCCUUGAACAGGUUUUGGUUGAGAAAAUGGGAUUUUCCGAAGGAUCCACUAAAGCCUCGACUUUGGCUGAUGGCGAUGUCUUACAUAUGUGUUCUUAAUUAUAUAUGUUUCUCAUGUUUCCACAGUUUUAGAGAUGUAAUAAACCUUUGUAUUGUACCUUCCAUAACAUUAUUAAGGUUGUUGUCGACUAUGGAGUGAACUAGAGCAACAACUUGCCACUCUUGAGUUCGACCGGGACCGGAAAUCAAUGGGAGUUAUGGUUGAUUCCAGCUCACGAAGGAAACUGCUACUUGUCAAGGUCUGUUUUUCUUCAUUUAGCAUAUUAUUUUGGAUAGUCAUUUUUUUUAAUCUAUGAUUAUGUGGCUUGUGCUUUUGUUCGCAUGAAUGCCUGUUAUUAGUUGGAAAAGCAUUUGUUCUCUGUUUUCUUUAGUACUUAAGGGACCAUAUUAUGAAAUUUUGCAGGGUGCCGUGGAAAAUGUAUUGGAAAGGAGUACAAAUAUUCAGCUACUUGAUGGUUCCAUUCUAGAACUUGACCAAUACUUAAGGGAUCUUAUUUUACAAAACCUGCAUGAUAUGUCCAUGGGUGCAUUAAGAUGUCUCGGAUUUGCGUACUCGGAUGUUCCAUCAGAUUUUGCUACUUAUGAUGGCAGCGAAGACCAUCCAGCUCACCAGCAACUUCUCAACCCAUCCAAUUAUUCUUCUAUUGAGUCCAAUCUAACAUUUGUUGGAUUUGUUGGUUUAAGAGUGAGUUGCCGUCACCAUUAUAUAUAUUGGUUCUUCUUCUAUCGAAUCCAGUCUUCUAUCGAAUCCAGUCUAACUUCUCUACCUUUUCAAUGUUUGAAGGAUCCUCUGAGGAAGGAGCUGCGUCAAGCCAUUGCAGACUACAGAACAGCAGGUAUCCGAGUCAUGGUCAUUACCGAAGACAACAAGAGCACCGCGGAAUCAAUCUGCCGUGAAAUUGGAGUAUUUGAAGCAGGCGAAGAUAUCUCUUCAAGAAGCUUGACUGGAAAAGAAUUUAUGGAUGUUAAAGAUCAGAAAAAUCAUCUGAGACAAACUGGAGGGCUCUUGUUCUCGAGAGCUGAACCAAAGCACAAAUAAGGGAUUUGGAGGCUAUUCAAAGAAGACGGG